CUUCUUCGCCUUCUCCUCAUUCAACCGUUGACCUUCUUCCUUUCUGAUGGCAGUUCCCAGCUUCGUUCUCUGGCUGCACGGCCGUGGAGUCUCCGGGCCUGCGAAUGAGCACAUCAGCACCUACUUCUCAUCCCCUGAGUUCAAGAACACGCGCUGGUCCUUCCCCUCCGCCCCUCAUAUCCCCGUCACUUGCAACUAUGGUAUCGUCAUGCCCUCGUGGUUUGAUGUUUAUGAGCUACCUAUUAGUGCUGAAUCACCAAAAGACGAGAAGGGUGUUCUUAAAGCUGUUGAGAAUGUGCAUGCUAUGAUAGACAAAGAGGUUGCUGCUGGCACAAAUUGUCAAAACAUUUUUGUAUGUGGAUUUAGCCAAGGAGGUGCUUUGGCCUUGGCAAGCGUGUUGCUUUAUCCAAAAACUUUGGGUGGAGGUGCAAUUUUUAGCGGAUUUUUGCCUUUUAAUUCAUCCAUCGUAGAACAAAUUUCACCAGAAGCCAAAAAGACUCCAAUUUUGUGGUGUCAUGGCACAGCCGACGAUAGAGUACCCAUUACAGCCGGACAAGCUGGACAUCAAUUUCUCGAGCAAGCGGGCAUGAAUUGUGAAUUCAAGGCUUAUCCAGAUCUUGGCCACUCUAUAAACCCUGAAGAAUUUCAAUCUUUUGAUUCCUGGAUGAAGAAUCAUUUGAAGAAUUCCACAUAAAAUCGACCGUAUUUUUCGGUAUUUAUUCUACAAUGCAUGCACCUCUGAAUGACAUUGUUUUCUCAGUGCUAAAGGCUGAUGAAGUAUGUAGUAUGUACAUGAGGUGGUAUUCACCAUGUCUAUUUAUACUGUAGAGAUACUGGGUCUGUUACUCUUUGGCGAGACUUGCAAAAUGAAAAUUUUUAUUUGCAAAAAA